AGUGCUGAAUGAAUGACCGAAAGGAAAAUCGCAAUUAAAAUAAAUUAAACAUUUUUUUGUGUGGUGCGUAGCAGCAGCAGCACCAGCAGCAGCAGCAGCUUCCUGUCCAAACCGGUCCAGCAUCCGACGCGCGAUUGCACCUGCAACAAGAAGUCGAGAAAUUCAUAGAGAGAAGUGGGAGAAGUGGCACAGCUUGGAGGCUUCCAAGUCCAAGACUGGCCACAGCAUAAACCAGCGAAAGAAAACCAGUUUGUUCGUGGAGAAGGGGGGGCAAAAAAACAUCGAAGUGGCCGGCAGGAGGCCCCCUGAGAGCCUGCCAAGGCCAAACCGUUAAUCCUUCUCCUAUUGUACCGUUUAAAGGGCAAACAAAGGAACCAACAAACACCAAAAAUAUCGCACAAAACACUGGACAUUUCUUUAUGCCGUAUUAGCCAUUCUGCGGUGGCUAAAAUGAAGAAAAUGCGCAAAAGUCAGCUGCUGCGGGUGCUACCCCUGGCCGUACUGCUGCUCGAGGUGGCCCUACUGCCCGUCUCCGUGCUGGCCAAGUCCAAGAAUAAGAACAAAAACAAUCAGAACAAUGCACACCACGGCGAAUCAUCGGCCUCAGUGGCCUCAGCGUCGGCCAACGAUGACAACAAGCCGAGAAGCGGCGAAAAUGGCGGUCAGCAGUUUGCCAUGGAGCCACAGGAUCAGACAGCUGUUGUGGGUUCACGCGUGACGCUGCCCUGCCGCGUGAUGGAGAAAGUUGGGGCACUGCAGUGGACCAAGGAUGACUUUGGCCUGGGACAGCAUCGCAAUCUGAGCGGCUUCGAGCGCUACUCGAUGGUGGGCAGUGACGAGGAGGGUGACUUCUCGCUUGACAUUUAUCCGCUGAUGCUCGACGACGAUGCCAAGUACCAGUGCCAGGUGGGACCCGGACCGCAGGGCGAACAGGGCAUACGUUCGAGAUUUGCCAAGCUCACGGUGCUGGUGCCCCCCGAAGCCCCAAAGAUACUGCAAGGCGACUACAUGGUUACGACAGAGGAUCGUGAAAUCGAGCUGGAGUGUGUGUCGGUGGGCGGCAAGCCCGCCGCCGAGAUUACCUGGAUCGAUGGCCUUGGCAAUGUCCUCACCAAGGGCAUUGAGUACGUGAAGGAACCGCUCUCCGAUUCUCGCCGCAUCACCGCCAAAUCCAUCCUCAAGCUGGCGCCCAAGAAGGAGCACCACAACACGACGUUCACGUGUCAGGCUCAGAACACCGCCGAUCGCACCUACAAGUCCGCCAAGCUGCUGCUCGAAGUCAAGUACGCCCCCAAGGUGUCCGUGUCUGUGGUGGAAGGCGCAAUGGCCGGUGGCAAGAUACCGGAGGGCGCCGAGGUAAUGCUCAGCUGCCAGGCCGAUGCCAAUCCGCCCGAAGUCAGCUACCGAUGGUUCAUCAAUGACGAACUCAUGACGGGAGAUUUCACCACCAAAAUGAUUAUUCACAAUGUCACGCGUUCGUAUCACGAUUCGAUUGUCAAGUGCGAGGUGGUCAAUGCCGUUGGCAAGAGCGAGGAGAGCGAGACCCUGGACAUAAGCUUUGGACCCGUUUUUCGCAAGCGUCCACAAACCGUAGAGGCUGACCUGGGCGCGACUGUCAGCAUGCGCUGCGAGGUGGCCGGCAAUCCAACGCCUGAAAUCGAAUGGGUUAACGAGAAUUCCGCUCAGGUUGUUGGCCGCGGCACGGAGUUGAAAAUCAAAGUGAGCAGCGAGACGGCUGGACGGUAUAUUUGUAGGGCAGAGGUCACUGGAUUCCCCGAAAUUGGCGCCGAGGCAUUGAUACACGUGAAGCGUGCACCCAUCAUCACCUCGCACAAGGUUCAGUUUGGCGCCGUGGGCAACAAGGUGAAGAUUGAGUGUCUGGCCUUUAGCAUACCGAAGGCAGAGCAAAUCCUGUGGUCCUUCGAGAACAAAGUGAUCAACAUGAGCAGCGCCGACCCGGACAUAUACAUCUUCGAGGAGCAGCACCUGCCGGAGGGUGUACGCGCAGCGCUGAUCAUCCGCGAGAGUCGUGCAACUCACUUUGGCAAGUACAACUGUACCGUGAUGAAUUCGUAUGGCAGCGACUCGCUGCUGAUCACCGUGGUGCGUGAGCCUGGCAACAUACCCGUCUUGCUGGUCGUCAUGGGCUCGGUGUUCUCCGUGGCCAUCAUACUGAUGAUUGUGAUGAUCGUUGUGGUGUACACGAAGCGCAGGAACCGGAAGAAGCCCAUGCCCGCGGACGUCAUACCGGAGGCAUCACGCGGCGGCGACAAACUGAACGAACUGAAGAGCGAAUUGCGCUCCAAGGCCUACGAUGUGGAGUACUCUGAGGCGGGCAGCGAGGCGCUGGCCAUUACCCUCAACCAAUCGCCCAUGCCAGAUGUGCAGAUGAAGGGCGCCACACUGGGUGUGCCCCUGGCCGGGCCUGUUAAGUUCGAUGAGCGCUUCUCGGGUGACUUUACCGACCGCUACAAUCGCCAGUGUCACAUUAAAAAUCUAAAGAACCAUCAGGAGAACGCCUACAAGGAGACAUCCGCCAAUGGAUACGCCCACUACUUUGAAUACGCCCUCGACUAUAGCCCACCCGGCGAAGCAGGCAAGUCCGUGAAGAGCUCUGGUGGCAAGAACUCUGCCACAUUGCCACACUCGGCUGCCGCCGUGGGCGGUGUUGGCGGUGUGGGAGCCGCUGCUGCCCUCGGUGGUGGAGGUGGUGCCAGUCUACCGCGCAAUCAACGUCACGAUCAGCAGCAGCAGCAGCAGCAAUCCCAGCAGGCAAAUGGAUUUAUGGGACAACCUCUACUACAGAACGGCAUCGAUAGUCGCUUCAGCGCCAUUUAUGGCAAUCCGUAUUUACGCACAAACUCCUCGAUUUUGCCACCAUUGCCACCGCCAAGCACCGCCAAUCCAGCGGCUACGCCAGCCCCACCGCCCUACCAUGCUGCACGCCAUCACCACUCGAAUGGCGGCAUCAAGCACUACGGCCAUGGCCAUGGCGCCUCGCUGACAGGCGCCACCCUACACACUAGUCCGGCCAAUGCUGGUGUCCUGUCCGCUGGCAUUGGCUCGGCAGCGGCGAGCCUAAACAGCGGCAUUGGCGGCCCUGGGGCUGCUGGCGCUGGCGCUGGCGCUCCUGGCGGCAGUGUGAGCGGCAGCAGCUCAAAUUUAACAGCCAGCAGCAACACGCUGGCUGCCACACCAUUGGCACAGUCGGGUGUCGCCGGGCAGUGUGCACAGAGUCCAUCCGGGCAGUUUAUAUUGUCCAACAAUGGCAAGGGACACACACAGAAGGGCCCACUGGCCACACAUGUCUAAGUAGCAGCAGGAGCGCCUCCACUCGGAUGCUACCGA